AUGGAGUUCUCACGUCGUCUUCUUCUUCUCUGCCUUCCGGUGGUCGUGUGGGUGCUCGGCUCCGCCGCCGCCGCCGCCGCCAUAGACGACGUCCCGGUGUCACCGAGGCCCAACUGCCCAACGACCGCGAGGUGCGGCGACAUCGACGUCCCGUUCCCGUUCGCGUUGGAACGACGGUGCGCAAUCAACAACGACAAGCGCUUUCAUCUCAACUGCACGGAGACAGUGGGCGGCACCAAGCUGUUUAAUGGUAAGUUGGAGGUGAUCAAUAUCUCCGUGCAGGAUAACAAGGCCUGGAUCAAGACUCGUAUAUCUCGGCAACGCUACAACGAAUCCGCGAUUAAGGGGUUGACAACCAAGGGGGAGAGGAUGAACAUUAUCGGCACGCCCUACGUGCUUUCGCGCCAAGAUAACAAAAUCAUCGUUCUCGGCUGCAAUAGGAUUGUUAGCUACAUCAUCAGCAGCUAUUACAGGGUCGGCUGCCUGCCGACAUGCGUGGAAAAUCCCGUGAAGGGCACAUGCCAUCCUAAUGCAGGGUGCUGCCAGUUGGACCUCCCCAAGGACGUGAAGUCUACUGAAGCCUUGUUCGUCCAGUUGAACAACAACAAUAGUCAGACAUGGAGGGAGUACCCAUGGAAUUAUGUUACUGUGAUGGACAAGGAAGCCUUUGAAUUCAGCACCACUUAUCUCACCUCGACGGCGUUCUAUGACGCAAAUAAUGCAGGGGUGCCUGUUGUGAUGGAAUGGGGGAUCACAAAUAAUAAGAAAUGUAAAGAUCCAAAAAUUCUCAAGAAUGGGUCUGCCUGUGUUAGCAAGAAUAGCGAAUGCACCGAAACUGAUGCUGGCUAUGCCUGUAAGUGCUCCGAGGGAUACGAAGGCAAUCCUUACCUCAUCAACGGAUGCAAAGAUAUAAAUGAGUGUGAGAACCCAGUACACUACUCAUGCUAUGGUGUCUGCCGAAACUUACCCGGGAGUCACCAGUGCUGGUGUCCACAUGGUACAUAUGGAAGCCAUUUGACGGAUGGGGGAUGUGUCAAGGGUUCAUCCACAGGUUUAAGCAUCGGGCUUGGAGUAGGUAGUGGCACAUGUUUCUUGGUUCUAGCACUCAUCAGCCCCUCCAUAAUGCGUAAGAUCAAGACAAGAAAACAUAAACAAAAGUUUUUCAAGCAAAAUCACGGUUUAUUGUUGCAACAACUGAUAUCACGAAAUGCAAACAUCAGCGAGAGGAUGAUUAUUACCUUAAGGGAGCUAGAGAAAGCUACAAACAAUUUUGACAAAGAGCGUGUGAUUGGUGGUGGAGGGCAUGGUAUCGUGUUUAAAGGGAAUCUAGGUCCAAAUGUUGUGGCAAUCAAGAAAUCGAAGAUUGUAGUACAAAGAGAAAUCAAUGAAUUCAUAAAUGAAGUCGUCGUUCUUUCUCAAGUGAACCAUAGAAAUGUGGUUAAGCUCUUAGGAUGUUGCCUCGAGACAGAAGUUCCACUUCUGAUUUAUGAGUUCAUUUCAAAUGGGACCCUUUAUCAUCAUCUUCAUGUUGGAGGAUUAUCAUGGGCUGAUCGAUUGAGAAUUGCACUUGAAGUUGCUAGAGCACUAUCCUACCUACAUUCGGCUGCUUCAGUGCCAAUAUUUCAUAGAGAUAUUAAAACCACCAACGUACUUCUUGAUGAUAAUUUAACUGCAAAGGUAUCUGAUUUUGGUGCUUCAAGGUACAUCAGAAUUGAUCAAACUGGAGUGACUACAGCCAUUCAAGGAACAAUUGGUUACUUAGAUCCCAUGUACUACAAAACAAGUCGGUUAACUGAUAAGAGUGACGUUUUUAGUUUUGGUGUAGUUCUUGUUGAAUUGCUAACUAGAAAAAAGCCAUUUUUCUAUCAGUCUGACAAUGGUGAUGACCUUGUUUCACAUUUCACUUCAUUGCUCAUAGAAGGCAGACCAGAUGAAAUAAUAGAUCCUCAGGUUAUGGAAGAGGAUGAUGGAGAAAUCCUAGAAGUAGCUAGAUUGGCGACAUGGUGUACCAAAUUGAGGGCAGAAGACCGGCCUCCAAUAAGAGAAGUGGAGAUGAAAUUGGAAAAUUUAUUUUUUAGGAAGAGGCAAGUUCCUUCCAUUAAAACAUCUUGGAGUAUAUAUGGUCCUAAUCCAACCAAGGAUCACAACAACUCGAUUGAAUCAGUUUCCAAUGAGGCAAGCAGGCAAUACACUAUGGAAAUGGAAAUCCUGUUGUCGGCAGCGUACCCUAGAUGA